AUGGAAUUGGGCAAUCAUGGCCAGGAUCCAUUUUCCAGUGAAGGCUUGUGGAGAUUGUCAAGUUUCACUCUGCAGUCUCUGCAGCCGCUGGAACCUCUGCAUUUGGAUGAAGGAUUCCCUGAUCUCACAAGCGAAUUCUUUGCAAAUCCCCUGAAAUCGUUUGAGAGAGAAGAGUCAAACAUAUACCAACUGAAUAUCUUCGGGACUGACUAUUUCGGAUCCUACGGGUCUCCUGGCACAACCACUGACGCGUCAAGCGAACACCAACCUGAGAAUGCUGAUCGCGACAAAGAGGAUUUGCAAGAUAUAGAAGAUAUUUGGCUGUCUGACCAGCUUGAUGAUGAUCCGGGUCAUGAAGCCCGAUUGAGGUCAUGGGAAAAUUACGAAGACCCUUCCUUCCGGGAGCCCUUCUCCGCAUACUUUAGCGAGACCGGGGCCAAGGGGUUUGAUGCAGCUUUAGUACAUCAAGCAGCUACUACCGGUCUCACAAAUUCAGGGCUUAUUGCGCGAAAUGAUGUCUUUUUCCGGGCGCUGGUUCAACUUGGGCUGGGUUGGAACUCGUUAUUUUUUCGCUACAACUAUCAGAAACGAAGAUUCGAAAAGGACCCAGUGGAUGUGCGCAUAUCGGGAGUCAGUCUUCCCACAUUGGAUAGGGCGGUUGAAGCAAUACAACAAUGCGGAACAGAUAUGCUGAAGGUUCGGAAUUUCGUGCGCAACACUGCUGCAAAGUCCAAUCAUCUAUCUUCUCUGUCCGCUUUUGCCAGCGCCGCAGCUGUGAUCAUCUAUACCCUUGAAUCUCUGGUUUCUAAACGUUAUGCGGACCUGAACCAAGGAGUCUCACUUUUGCGAAUCAAUGCAAUAUUUCAGAGAUGUGGCGAACUUGUUGGUGCUCUAGCAAACAUGAUUGAGGAGGCUGAAAAGACUGCAUCGGAUGCGCAGGUUAUCUCCGUCGUUCUAAAUAAGGCUGCUUAUUUCGCUCAAAGGUACAUCUGGGCAGAACGAAUUUACAAUGAAAUAUCUGUCCGAGUCGCGCAACCUUGGCUCGGUUUCGUCGAGACUUGGAUUGGACUUCGCUCAGAAGAACCGACGUUUGCCGAACUGCUGAAGAAUGCCGGGAACUUUGUUGUGCUUGACCAUGUUGAAGAAUCCUGGAAAACUAACCCCAGGCCUUCAAGGAUUGAAUAUAGAUAUUGUUCUAAACAGAUGCCUUCGCUUAUCCCUGCAGACCAAGCGCAUCAUAUCUUUGAGACCGGGAGGAGCUUGCGCCUUCUCAAGCGAUCUCACCCGCAGCACCCUAUUGCGAGUAACAACAUUAUUCGUGCGACCCUGCCUCCGAAGCUUCAUUGUGCAAUUGCCUGGUCUGACAUCGAGCGGAUACAGAGUACAGCCUAUGAAUAUGAAGCCAAGCUACGCGCUGAGAUCCUAAAAUAUAACAACAGAGGCGAGACUUCUGAGAAUGAGCCUCUCUUCGAACCUCCAAGCGAGGCAAAAGCCGACAAGAUACUUGAAAAUACAUAUGAAAUGUUUGAUAUUGAUGACGAACAGCGUGCUUCGAGCUUACCAACAAAACGUUCUUCAGUGGAGGAUGAUAGUAUCGGUCGAUUCCUUGAUGGAAAUCCUGAGCUAUUUGAAAAUCAUGAGGGCACUUUCGGACCGGAAUUAGCGUCUGCUCUUUACCUGUCUCUCGCACCAAUUAUCUCAUCACAAGCACGCCUGAUCGACUUCUCCUGUCUCCAUCUUCUGUUUAAAGAACAUGAUAUCAGGCAUCAUUUGGACUUACAGUGGCGCUUCCAGCUUCUUGGUGAUGGCUUCUUUGCCCUUCGACUAUCAAAUGCCCUCUUUGAUCCAGAAAUGGAGAGCGGCGAACGACGGUCAGGAGUAGUACGCAGUGGUGUCCACACGGGCCUACGACUGGGAAGCCGUGACACUUGGCCUCCUGCAAGCUCGGAGCUUCGUUUAGUGCUCACCAGUCUUCUCAACGAAUGCUAUUCUACCGAUAUAAACGACCAUGAGGCUAUGGAAAGUCUGGGAUAUCACGAUAAAGAAGUACCCGGCGGUCUAAGCUUCGCUAUCCGAGACUUGAGCGAUGAUGAACUAGUCAAAUGCAAAGACCCGAAUGCGAUCGAAGCUUUGGACUUCCUGCGUCUGCAAUAUAAGCCGUCCACCGUGAUAGAGACUGUACUCACCCCCCAUUCCCUUCAACAGUACGAUAUUCUCUUCAGGCACCUCCUUCGCCUGAUACGUAUGGUCUCUGUCGUAAACGGACUCGUCCGAGACUCCACUUCCCGAGGGUCUCUGUCAGGGGAUACAAGAAAUCUCUUUCAACGAUUUCGCAUCGAGGCCCAGCAUUUCGUUCUGUCCCUAAGCGACUACUGUUUUAACGUCGGCAUCGGGUCUAACUGGAAGCGCUUCCAAGACACACUUUCCAGAAUCGAACAUUGCCUUGAUCGUGGCGAUAUUGACGGCACCAUCGAGGCCGCACAUUCUAUUCCUAGACUCAGGCAGUACCACGAAGAUAUUCUCGAUCAGAUGCUCUUCGCUCUGUUCCUGAGCAAGAGACAUGUCCAGGUUGCCAAAUUGCUUGAAAGUAUCUUCGGAACAAUCCUUUCUUUCGCAGCCUUUUCCCGGUUGGACGGUAUGAGCGGGAUACGGCAUGAGAAUGAAGAAGCUGUGCUUCGGCUGCAUGCAGCGUUCCGGAAACGCGUGUCUUCCCUUGUCCGCUAUCUGCGACAGUUAGAUGGGAGCAGGGCUUCGCGGAGAAAAUCAUUUGGGGGAUCCGCAGGCGCAGCGUUCGCUUCAUCUUCGCGGGCGGAGCCGACAAGUGUCUUUGAGCAUCUUCUUGUAAGGCUUGACAUGAAACAGUACUAUUAUUGA